AUGGCGUUGAAGAAAAAGACAAACAAGACGUCCACUCUUAUCGAGAACAUGCCUGACGGUGAAGAUGUUAUCCUUAAAGAUGCUACAUCUCGGAGAUUUAAAGCGAUCUCUUCAGACAAGGGAAUUGUAGCUAGAAUUGGUGCAUUUUAG